AUGCAGGGCCAAACUGAUCCUGAAUAUGAGAAUGUUGUCAAGGCCAUCUCUGGGGUUGUUUUUCUGGCCACCCCGCAUAGGGGAACCAACCUGGCAGAUAUCCUCAAUCAAUUAUUGCAAUCGACCCGUAUUAGCUCGUCAAAACUUUACAUCUCAGAGCUUUCAGAAAACUCAGUUACAUUACAAAAACUCAAUGAGCAAUUCCGACACGUCGCGUCAAGACUGGAUAUGGUCUCUUUUUACGAGACCCAGCCCACUUCUAUGGGAAUCGAAGGAGCACGAGUGAUGAUACUGGAAAAAGACUCAUCUGUGCUUGGAUACCCGGGCGAAACUUCUAAAGCUUUGAACGCGGACCACCAUGGGGUUUGCAAGUAUGACAGUCCGAAUGAUCCCAACUAUAAGUCUGUGAGAAAUGUUCUGAAAUCGCUCAUGAGGAAGAUAAUAGCAAAGCCCGUGGAAAUUACGAUCUGGGUUCCGACCAAAAACUUGAAAGACACUGGCCUAAAAACCAUCUUGGCCAUUCGGGAAUUUCCAGACGUGCACUUCAUAUUUUUCCAGGAUCAGUGGACAGAGGGGCCUAGCCCCUGGUUUGUCCAAGAGAAAGCCUAUUCUGAGUGGCUCAAUCCCCAAAAGUCAAUGCCAUAUCUUCUCUGGGUGAACGGAGGCGCAGCAACUGGGAAGUCUGUUCUAUCUUCCUUCGUCAUCAACCAACUGGCCGAGCAGGAGAUCAACUGCCAGUAUUUCUUUAUACAGUUCUCAGAUCGCAAGAAGCGCAGCCUGUUGCUCCGUUUGAUUGCGUAUCAAAUUGGGCAACAAAUGCCUGAUUACCGUUUCAAAAUUGCCGAGCUUGUUGAUGAAGGAACUGAUCUUGAGACAGCAGACCCAAAAACCAUUUGGGAAAGUCCUUCCAAAUCCAGACUUUUCAAAAUGGAGCAAAAUAGCCCGCUAUAUUGGAUCAUAGAUGGUCUGGAUGAGGCUAGUGAUGCUCGAGCCACCAUAAAACUUUUCUCAGAAAUCGGACUAUCGAAUGCACCCAUCCGAAUUCUUCUUUUCAGUCGCCCAACCUUGGAAAUUUCUCGGGGACUCGGAAAGGACCCAUUAUCCGUGCGGCAAGGCAACAUCAGUGUUGAGGGGCACAUGGAGGAUUUAUAUACUCAUAUCCGACAGGAACUCAGUAUGUCUGGAAAUUCAGAGUUCAAGGACAGUAUUGUGCAGCGCAUAGUCGAGGGGUCGCGAAAUAAAUUUCUCUGGGUACGAUUGGCGGUAGAGAAGUUGAAUGCGUGUUAUACACUUGGUGACGUUGAGCAUAUUUUACAAGAGUUACCAUCUGAGUUGACCCAAAUAUUGCAUGAUGACCGUUCUGGUAUGCUUGAUCUUCAGCAAUCAAUCACGGAUUUGUGUGGUGGAUUUAUUGUUGUUGGCAAAAGCGGCAAUGUGACCAUGAUUCACCACUCUGCGCGUGAGUAUCUGCUCAGCGAUCAGGAUCGUCCAUUUUCAAUAAACCAGGCUGUAGCUCACGGAAAAUUGUUUCUGAGUUGCAUGCGUUGUCUGAUGGCCAUUGGCCUUCGAGCCAAGCUCAGCUGGAAUGAUAAGCCCGAGUUCCUCGACUACAGCGCUAUGUGGUGGUCUUCUCAUCUUCCACAGAUAUCUCUAAUUAGGGAGUCGACAUUCAACAUUCUGAAGAAAUUUUUAACGGGUCAUUACGUUCUCACCUGGAUGGAUGCUCUUGUCGUAACCAAGCAGCUGCGAGUCCUUAUUCGGGCCUCAAAAACCCUCUCAAAGUGUUCUAUCCCAUGGAAUAGCGCUCUUCCCUCAACUUCAAGUGAUAUCUCCCAUAUAGAAGAGCGACAGUUGUUAGAAGCCCGGGCCACAGACUUUAUGAAGAUUCUUGGGAGAUUCGGCACCAUUCUACAACGAAACCCUGAAGCGAUUUACAAAGCAAUCCCUCCUUUCUGUCCCCGAAAUUCUGCUAUUUAUCAACAGUUUGGGAAGUCGGAAGUCAAAAGAAAAAACCUUGAAAUUAUGGGUAUUCAGAUGCUGGACUGGGAUGACUUGGUUGCGCGGCUUUCAUUUGGCACAUAUGCGGCUUCAAUCUCCUCUGCAGGAACUCAUAUCGGCGUCUUGGUCUGGGAUUCUUCAACUGGGAAGUGCAAGGCUUCGAUUGAAAAUCUCAAGUCUCGGCCCAAACAACUUGCUGUUCUAUUCACAAAUAAUGAUCAGUCACUCUUGGUAGCAGCAAGUGAUUGCCAAGUCAGAUCGUUUAACAUACACGAACCAUCCCCCACUUGGCGGCUGGUGGCAGAUCUUGAAGACCCCGGAAACGAAGGAGACUUCCUGAAAUCAUCAAGCUACAUGGCAAUGAACGAGGAGGGAACUUUGACCGCUGUGGCCUAUCUGGGACAGCCUCUUUCGGCAUGGGAGGUGGAUGGACCUGUCCAUAUCAACCACUGUUGCCGAGUACGCGAACACACUGGCAGAAGUGAGGUUAUUGAAGCAGUGUGGCAUCCACACUCCCCUGACCUUUUGGGUCUCUAUAACGAAGGAGUGGUAUUUAAAUGGAAUCCCUACGAGGGGAGUGCUGGAGAAGUUGUGACUGGCGCUUCCCAGUUGGCUAUUAGCAAAGAUGGAAGCCUUUUCGCUACGGGCGACGGAUAUGGAACCAUGAAGGUGUAUACCACCUCAGAUUUUCGUCUUCUCUAUCAGCUAGCUUCUCAAGAUCCCCCCCAGUCUCCACCGAAUCUAUGA